AUGGAUCCAGGAUCACAAAUAUACUCGGAAGAGUACCUGAAAGCGGACAUCGGAUACCGCCUGACGGGCGUUGCAAUUGCGAUGCUUCCAAUUGUUGUUGUCUUUCUAUCAUUGCGUUUCUACUCGCGCUAUCUGACGAGAACACCAUGGGGUCUCGAUGAUUCCUUGGCUGCCAUGUCUGGAUUUGUAUCAGUGGGGUUGUCUGCUCUUGCGAUCUGUUUUGUGAAAUACGGCGGUGUUGGUCGCCACCUCGCUGCGUUAGAGAGAGAAACACCCAGCAUGGAACCAGAGUACUUUAAGUACCUGUUGAUUGUGUCAACGUACUACUAUUCAACGGUCGCAUUCCCCAAGCUUGCAGUCCUCGCCCUCUACGGUCGUCUUUGGACAGUCAACCCAUACCGCACUAUCAUCCUGGUAUUGGCCGCAAUCAUUACCCUUACAGCUGUUGUUUCUGGUGUGAUGUGCUUGAAUAUGUGUCGGCCAUUUCGACUCAAUUGGGACACUUCAGUUCCUGGGCAUUGCCUAAACAAGCAAGCUUUUUUUCUGUGGGCGUCACUGCCGAAUAUUCUCACAGACCUUGUCAUGCUUGCAAUGCCUGUGCCUAUUGUCUGGAACCUCAACGUCUCCAUGAAGGUGAAAUUGGGGCUCAUACUGACUUUCGCCACUGGCAUCUUGGGUCUGGUAACAUCAAUCAUGCGCUUCGUUAUCUUCUCCCAGGGAAGUGCCGUCAAAGACGGGUCAUGGGGGUCAACGGACCUGAUGGCCUGGAGUGUGGCCGAGCCAGACAUUUACCUCAUCAGUGCCUGUCUCCCAACACUCCGCCCGAUAUUGAACCGACUAUUUGGUCGAGCCAUAUCCACAGCAAACUUUUCAUCACGAUACGCCGACAGAUACGGGAAUACUGGCGACUCCGCGGCCAAUUCCAAGAUUCAUGCUACCGUUGCGGAUUCUGCUCUAUAUGGAGAUGAGGUCCAAUUGGUAUCUGUUAUCGGAAAAGAAAGAGAUGCGAGUGCCGAGGAUGGCCUGGGGCAGCAUGGCAUUUAUGUAAAGAGCGAUAUCAAUGUGCAAAUCACUGAGCACUAG